UUCGAUUUAUAACUUUAAGAAUAUAAUACUUGUAGAUCACUGAGGAAUGUAACAGUGGACAGACAGCGGGCAGGCUGUGUUUGAUAUUAGAGCCAGACUCCGCGUUACCUCACACACUUGUGUUCAUGGCAGACCUCUGUGCAGAUCCCCUGUCGCUCAGACCGUGCUUUGAUAACAAGAGCAUUUCACAUUAGACAGAUGGGCUGAAAUGACAGGAUUCUCUAACGAGGAAAGGCUGGUGUGAUUGAUUUCAUUUAUUCUCUGCCUCUUUGACAGUGCAGCCAGUCAUGUGAGUGCAGUGAUUCCUCACAGCUCUGUCACUUCUCCCUUCCCGUCAUGUCUUCCUAUCGCCACACUUAAUGUGAUAGAGUCAGCAGAACCCUUUUUUUUUCUCUUUAAAAGUCGAGGACAGAGGCAGGCACAGAGCUGCACAGACCGAGGUUGUUGUUGUUGUUGUUGUGGAUUGUCAAGAGUUUUGGAAUGUUUAAACCAGUGGUCCCCAAACAUGGGGGGAUGUUUCCCCCCUAGAAAUGAAUUCUAAUUAUAUUUAAUUGUAUUUGUGAGUUUUUUUAUUGCAUUUGUAAUGUUUAACAGAUGCCUUAACGGAGCUCUAAGACAGAAGUGUCUUAACUGAUAAGGUGUGAGCAGCUAAGUGCUUAUUGUGUUGUUGCUUACGUUUUAGUGAUGGACAAGGGUCAGCACCAACUGUUAUCUGUUUGUGAGUAUCUGGAGGAUCAGCGUAGUCUAUUGGCCGGUUCUGUUUUAAGUUCAAGGUUCGACAUGUGAACAUGUGAAGUUUUCCAAUAACCUUGUCCUUUCCUGUUUGCUCAUCAGUUCUUAUCUGCAUGUACUAGGCAGGCACACACACACACACACACACACACACACAUAAACAGACAUACACCUUCUCUAUGCGUGUUCUUAUAUCUGCUUAUCUGAAAGCAAUUUUUGAAAGCUGUGAUAUGUAAAAUUUCUUUGGAAAAAAAUAUUUAAUGUAACUAAUAAUUAUUUAUAUUUAAUUAUUAGUUGAAUUAUGUAAUUAACCAAAGAAGUGAUCAUUAAUUUGAUGAGUUGACAUUUAUUGUAGCCAGCCAGGCAGUGUCAGUGUCUGACGUGAAGUUAUACUGUCAGUCUCCAUUCAGGAUAGACUAGGCUAGGCUAAGCUAACCCUGUAAUUAGCCUGUUAUUAUCAGCCUCACAUAAAAUGCUCAGCACCUUAUUAUUUGCGUUACUGCCUCCUGCUGGCUUAUUUUAAGUGAUAGAUAUAUACAUCUGUAGAGGCAUCCCGGUUACUUGCAACAAAAAAGAGAUAAAAUACAAAAAGAGAGAUAAGUUAACCACAAUCACACACUCCAACUUUCCAUUUCCUAUUUUGCAGGGAUAUCUUGAAUACUGUUCUUGUGCUGCUUGAUUGCCAUGUUUUGCUACAUACUCUAUAAUCUGCAUGUCUUGUUUUCUUACAAGGCCCACUGGUCUUCGGGAGACACUGCAGUGAGGGAGUCAAACACUGGACUUGGAACAGACACAGUUGUACGGCGUACAUGAGUUGAGGUUGACAAGCAAAGCUGCAGGGUUGGAAAAAAAAAGACGAGAAAUGUCACUUUAAUGGUCUGACUCAACUGAAAACCACCAUUUUGUUAACUGUUGGUUAAAAAAAAAAGAAAGGCUAUAGAAGUAUAUUAUAUAUUAUAAAGUAUAUAUAAAAGUAUAUUCAGUGAAUCAUUGAGAGGAAGCCAUCGACGAAACGUGACAUUGUUCUUUUGUGGAGCGUGCCUAGUGUGUUUGUUUGGUGAAAAAGCGGCCGCGUUGAGAGGAAGUGAGCUGUGAGCUGUUAGGUAAGAGCAGCUGGGAGAACAGAGGAGCAGCUUGCUGACCUGUUGUUACACCCUCUCUCCAGCCUCCAUCCUAAACCAAACACAUCAAACCACAGCUGCAUUCAUCACGAGAUGCAGUUGUGGGAACAGUCAACAUGCAUGCAUGCUGUGUAAUCCCUCUGAAGCCGAUCCUCAGGAUUUAGUGUCACCGGUGUCACACAAGUGACUCACUCUGCAGAGAAAACCUACCCGUCAGCAAAGAUCUGAGGGGGAAAGGAUGUGUUUGUGAAUCGUGACUGGAGGAAGUUAUGGGGGGAGGGCUGGCGAGGAGACGAGAGGAGAGGAGAGGAGGAGGCAGGUUGUACACGUAGAGAAACGCUAAAGGGAGAAAAUAACCAGAACCAGACAUCCUACUCUUACUGGGAAAGUCAAAUUCAACAGACCCAUCAUUAACUCUAUUCCCCUCUCUCUCUCUCUCUCCGACGAGCUAACAGAUUAGCAUUUUGAGCAGCCUGGCUAGAGAUAAAUGGCUGACAAGCAGAUCAGUUUGCCUGCCAAAUUAAUUAAUGGGGGGAUCGCUGGCCUGAUUGGAGUGACCUGUGUGUUUCCCAUUGACCUAGCCAAGACCCGCUUGCAAAACCAGCAAAAUGGGUCUCGCCUCUACACCAGCAUGUCAGACUGCCUUAUCAAAACCAUUCGGUCAGAGGGCUAUUUUGGAAUGUACCGAGGGGCUGCAGUGAAUUUAACCCUAGUGACCCCAGAGAAAGCCAUCAAAUUGGCUGCCAAUGACUUCUUCAGGCAUCACCUCUCUAAGGACGGAAAGCUCACACUGCUCAAAGAAAUGCUGGCAGGUUGUGGGGCAGGUACUUGCCAGGUUAUUGUUACGACCCCCAUGGAGAUGUUGAAAAUUCAACUUCAAGAUGCUGGAAGAAUUGCCGCUCAGAGGAAGCUGAUGCCAGAGACAGUGGCACCAGGGACUGUUGAGACCAAGUCCCAGACAGCCAUGCAGCUCACAAGACAGUUACUGAGGGAGAAAGGCAUUGCUGGCCUGUAUAAAGGCCUGGGUGCCACAUUGCUCAGGGACGUUCCAUUCUCCAUCAUUUACUUCCCCCUCUUCGCUAAUCUAAAUAAAAUGGGUAAUAAAGGUGCAGAAGGCCCCGCUCCCUUCUACGUGUCAUUUAUAUCGGGCUGCCUCGCCGGGAGCACGGCAGCGGUUGCUGUCAACCCUGUAGAUGUGAUAAAGACGCGACUGCAGUCCUUGAACAGAGGGAGCUCAGAAGACACGUACAGCGGCGUGACAGACUGUAUCAGGAAAAUUAUGCGUAACGAGGGUCCCUCUGCGUUCCUGAAAGGAGCCUACUGUCGAGCCCUGGUCAUCGCACCACUGUUUGGCAUCGCCCAGGUGGUCUACUUCCUGGGCGUGGGUGAAUUUAUACUCAGCUUCCUGCCUAAGAAAGACAAGUAAAAAGCACCUUUUUACUGCCUUCCCGUCCCAUCAACUGUGUGAGUAAUCACCUCGCACUGAUAGAAGGUUUUUGUUCGAUCGAGACCAAUUCUAUUUUCUUUUCUUUUCAUUUGUUUUGUUGAAUGUUUAAAAAAAAAAUAAUUAAGGAGAGAGCAUUGGUUUGCCAAGCUGCCUGUCGUGGCACACAAAAUUCCAGUAGGCCCACUCAACUGUCGCCCUGGAAAUAAAGCCACAGAUAUCAGUUGAUAUUUUGGAUUAGAAAAAAAAUUAAUCACUUUAUAAUCAGAGGUUUUAUUGCAAUGUUAUGAAAAAUGAUUGAAUGUGGACUUUUCAAAGUAGACGUACUGCCCUCUGUUGCUGCAGUUCUACAGUCUCAGAAGUUUGCUACGUCAUCCUGUAAAUCAUAGAGAAAAACAUAGUAAUCCAUAGAAGAUUUUAAUCCCUAACCAGCUAAAUGAAUUACUCUGCCUGUAUUUGUGACUAGUAGCUUAAGUAUAUUUAUAUAUAAAUAUCUACAAAAUGUUCCUUCUAAUAUUUCCCAGGCCCUAUACCCUGAAAGUAAACAAAUCUAUGCCAGAGUUAUGUGUCGAUGCCAUUAGAGCACCUACAGAAUCCUUCCUGAGAGGACACUUCUAUUCCUGUAAAUGGUCCUUAUGAGCUCAGCCAUUCGACUCAAGUAGAUCAGGUUCCAUCUGAUAUAAAGUGCUGCCGUAAUGCUUCCAAUAUGCUGCCUUUCUAAAGAGAUUGCUCUGUUUUGUGGUCACGUGAAGGCACCUUAACUACGUUUCGGGCAUUAUGACCUAUUCUACAGGUACUGAGCUACAGUAUAUUGUAGAGCAGUGAUUCCCGACCUCUGUGCUGCGGCACAUCGGUGUGCCAUGAGAGAUCAUUUCACUUAAUUUAUCUGAGAGCUCUAAUUUAUUCAUGUACUGUAUGUGACCGUGACAGGCAGAACAAUUACAUAUUCGUCCACUAGAUGGCAGCAAAUGCUAAAAAAAAACUAUAGAAAAGCUGUUGAAGAAAAUCUUUCUUUGAUUCCUGAGAGCGUGUCAGCAUUGUGUUCCAUUAAACAGGCACAGGUUUCACACUGAGUAGGUAAAUUCAAACCUAUCCAGAAUUAUGUUGCAUAUAAUUUUGUGACAUUUCUUCUCUAAUGUAAAUGCCGUGGCUCCAAAAAGGUUGGGGAACACUGUGGUAGAUACCGGUCAACUGGCAGUGUCCUCUCAGAAUGUUUAAAUCUAGGUUCAGUUCAUCUCUCAGUUUAAGGAUAUGCCAGUUAUAGAUAAGGGGAAGUAGAGACUCUACGGCUGCACCACAGGUUUGAAUGAGAAUUUGAUCCUACCCUGGACUGGCUCUGGCUUUUCACCAUAACCUACUACAGGCUAAUCAGUGAUGUCACAGUAGGGGUUACCUCUGAAGGAUGACGGAAAACACCUACUGUGAUAUCACUGCCUGGUUUGCAGACACUGCAGUGGCAGUUUUCCAAAAAUUAGAACACAUUAGUGUGAACAUAAAAGUGGCAGGUUGUUAGUAGAACAGCUGUAUUUAUGCUGAAUAGUAAAACAUUAGGCUAGUAGGCUUUAGCUGCAGCCACUCCUGUCCCUUCAGACUCAAAGUCUGUUAUUUCCAUUGUUUACCACUGAUUUUAGAGUCCAUUCAAAUCCUUUUGCAGUGGCAGGAUCCAAAGAUCCAGUGGAAAACAUUCUUUGUCAGUAGAUAUGAGUUUAUCGUUCGGUGUAUUUUCCGAACCAAUCAUCUCUGCUCGUGUGAUCGCUUUAGAGGUUCUGUUUGCUUUAAGCCGCCCGGGAACGCGUCUGUCAUCUCCCGUCGGCACGUCACAGAACUGCCCCUGCCGUUGGUUUCUCCUAGCGUAGAUGAAGGUGACUUUGAAGUGUAUCUGUCCAGUCACAUUCCUUCUCCCCACUCCCACUGGAUGAGCAGCUCCUCAAAUGUACUGUUACACCGUAGAUACGCGAUGCAACCUUUCAGUGUAUUACCAUCGGUGGGAGUGGGUUAUUUAUCACUAUUCCCUAAAUAGCACUAUAUACAGUAUUUGUAUGUGUUGUUGUACUGUGUCAAAAGUGUCCACAUUAACUAUAUUGUACAUACGCAGAUUAUAUGAACUGUUUUUAUCUUUUUCUUUCAUUAAUUGUUUGUUCUGUAAUGAUGGCUUAUUUGCACACCUACCUCUCCUACACCCCCAGCCCCGCCCGAAAUCCACCAUGUGAAGAUUUUAAUUUUACUUUGUUGUGCACAUAUCGAAUGAAGAAACAUGUUUAACGUGACUAACGUGAAUAUUUGAACAGAAAAAAACAGCAACACAUGAGGGUAAGUCAAGAAGUUUUAAGACAGAGAGAUAAUACCUUCUUGAUGGCACAAGGUCACGACCUGCUGCUUCGCCUGGUUGGACUGAAAUCUAGUUCAUAUCAAGAAGAGUCAGUUAUAGCUGGAUGUUUGCUACGGAUUCAAAAACCCGAUCAAUGUAACACACUUGACAAGGAUAUAACUAUCAAUAUUGUCAAAGCCCUUAUAAAGGUGUCUUACCAUGAUUUGGAUCUAAAAAAUAAGGCUUUUUUAAAAAAAAAAAAAAAUUAUAUCAUAUGAAGUAGAACACUCUGACCUACCCUCAUAUGCAUCUACACCAUGAGGGUCUAUUGUAAAAGGGAACACUUGUAAGGAUCACCCUCAGCGUUUUUCGGAGCUGCCCUUUAUACGUAGCUGUUGCUUCAAUCUGCCGACCAACCCAUUGUCCUGUUUCCUACUGUUUUCACAACUCGGACCAAAUGAAGCUCUGUGUGUUUUUUUUUUGUGUGACUCGUGGUACUAUUUAAACAGUUUUGGAAACGGGAGCCUCCGGACUAGGCCAACAUGGACCUGACAGACCGUCUGUCAUUUUGAAGGGUGCUUCUUCAUGAUGUAGCUGCAGUGUGACAACCCCCGCCAACCAAGGUUGUACCGAGUGAACUGCAGACUCACAAUUCUCAUUGUUGUUCGUGUCUUAACUGAAAGCCAUAGUGAGGUCAUCGACUGGCACCUCCAGCGAUGGUAAAAGAAAAAAACAGAGCUGCCUGCUCAUGUGAGAUUUGUUAUGAAGUACUGUUGUAGUUUGUUUUGUUUUGGUUUGUUUUUUUGGAUAUUGUGAUUGCCAUCAUCUCAUAUAUACAGUACUGUUAUUGUGAUCAUACUGUUUAUUUAUGUGUUUAUGAGAAGAUUGUGAUGAUUUCUGACCUUUCCUCUGCUCAUCUUUUUAUUUUCCAAACGUCUGGUUGAAUCUCAAGACAAACGUUGUGCAAGUCACUCUGUGAAUUUCCCGACCUUGGAACAUUUGGUUUUGUACGUGCGUGCGUGUCGGACCGUGUAUUGCUGUAGUUGCCGUGUAGUUUUUGGCGUGUCAGUGAGGUGUUUUCCCCCAUUUGAAUUCAUUGUUAAUUCCUUUCCACGUGUCUUAGUCCUCAGCCUCUCCCCAGCACCUACGAUCCAGGGCGAGGGGGAAACAGAGGAGCUCUGAACACCAAAUGUAAAUGACUUAGAGUGUAAACAAUCAUAGAAAGCACAAAGGAUUAUAAGGCACAGAAAAACCACAUGGCCCUGCUCAGACGAAGCCCUUUGUAAACCGUGAGCUGCUGUCGCAGACGCGGCUCACAGAUAUAGCUUUUAGUUUUGUAAGAUCUCUUCUCUGUGUGUGUGUGUGUAAGUGUGAUCUACACGGGCUCAGACAGGCGGUCAUUAGGAGACCUAUGAGCAGUUCAGUGACAAAAUGAUGUUUAUUGCCUACAUAUUCUAAUUAAAUCAGAUAUAAGAAUGUAUCUUAGAUGUUAUAAGAUGUAUUAUAAUUAUAGUCAAGAGUUUAUGACAUUUUAAAUUUGAAGUUUUGUGCUUUACACAUUCACGGAAAAAUUCACAAACCAGCUCACCGAUAUGCAAUAAGUAGAAGCUACACACAAGACAAACACUAGAGGAAAAAAAAACCCCAAACUUGUCAAUCACAGUAACUCACACAAUGUCUGAAUAAUGCAACUGGGACCUCAGAGGUCAUGUGGGGUCAGAACUUUUCUCCCAGGCCUCUGUUUUCUUCCUCCAAGAGGAAAUGUGCAUCAUAGCACUUUAAACACAAGGACCCACCAGACUGUCCAUCUACAAAUGUCUGUGACAUCCAGGGUGUUCAUGAAUAUACAGUGAAGGGCACAGUUGUACUUAGACAUUGUUUACAAUGCAAUGCAAUGAAAAAUAAAUAAAUAAAAGAUGAACUAUUGUGUACCCUGUCACGAUUUGCUGUUCAAUAAAGUGACUAUCCUGUAA